AGUCUCGGUUAGCGUUACUUCAGCGAGAACCGGCCCACAGAGGAGGCCGGUUCUUUCCGGCUGGAGCAGGUCCGGACCCGCCCCUCUGGCGGCUACGCAGUCUCGGAGGCCUGCCCAUAUAGUUCAGGGCCGGACAGCGAGCAGCGGCGGCUGCCAGUAAGGGUUUGGAGUCAUGAGCAGGUUUAAUUUUGGAAGAACUUUACAGGUUUGGCUCCAGCAGCUGCUGUUGUCACCACCACUAGUUCAAGCACCAUGCAGUUUACCUCAAUAUCAAAUUCUUUGACCUCCACUGCUGCUAUUGGGCUCUCAUUUACAACUUCAACAACUACCACCACGACUUUCACCACCAACACUACUACCACAAUCACCAGUGGCUUUACUGUGAACCAAAACCAACUGUCAUCAAGAGGGUUUGAAAACCUUUUACCUUAUACUUCAACUGUUAGUGUAGUAGCAACUCCUGUGAUGACGUAUGGUCACCUGGAGGGUCUUAUAAAUGAGUGGAACCUUGAGCUGGAAGAUCAAGAGAAGUACUUUCUUCUCCAGGCCGCUCAGGUCAAUGCUUGGGACCAUACACUGAUUGAGAAUGGUGAGAUGAUUAGUAUUUUACAUGGAGAAGUGAACAAAGUGAAACUGGAUCAGAAAAGGUUGGAACAAGAAUUGGAUUUUAUCCUGUCACAGCAGCAGGAACUAGAAUUUCUGUUGACUUAUUUAGAGGAGUCUACGAGCGACCAGAGUGGACUUCAUUAUCUGCAGGAUGCAGAUGAGGAGCAUAUGGAGACCUCCACCAGAUCUGCAGAAUUCUGAAUGCCCAUAUGGACUCCCUGCAGUGGAUUGAUUGGAAUUCAGGCAUGCUGCAAAGGAAGGUAGAAGAGGUAACAUGGGUUUUCGAGGAUUAUCGUCACAAGGAGCAUGCAUGCAAUGUGAACACUGCUUUUUAUUGAAUGACCAUAUCUUCAGCGUGUCGUUUCUGGAUUAUUGCCUACAAAUUGUGAUGUUAAAUAGAGUAGUAUUUAUACUUAAUAUUUCAUCUUGAUCGUAAUGAAUUGUGCAUCCUUUUUUUCAUUUAAGUAUUGUACUGUUGAGAAUUAUACCUUAGUUUUGUUUUUAGUAUUAGAAAAUCAAAAUUAUACUAGCCCCUUUGUCCAGACAGCAGCCUCUUAGAUGCUGACCCUAUAUGUGUAAUUUAUGUCUUACUCUCCCUGGCAUCAGUAAACAUCAUCCUUCUCACUCCAGUUGAAUCGUAAGGUGAUGUUUGCCAAAAGUACAUGCCAACCUUAUAGUGCUAGAUACUGUAAAGUCUCUUCUUCUCAAAGGAACUUACUGUCUAGUUUGAGAUAUAAUUAACGCUUGUCUGCAUAAAAACAAUAUAGAUAAUAUAAAGAAGUGCAGUAUGAAUUAUAGAAAGUGUGUUAUAGAGAUUCAGAGCAGGGAGGAAAAGUUAGGGUAGAUUAUUAUUAAAAGGUUAAGGAAAGGUAAGUUACAAGGAAUUUGGUUAUUUUUAAUGUAUGGAUAUACUGGCAUUUUAUUUGGUUUUAGCAUAUGAUUUAUAGUUGGUGAUUUCCAUGUAUUUGUUUGCUUUUCUUUUUUUUUUGUUUGUUUGUUUGGUUUUGUUUUAAAUAAGCCUUGUUCUUAGGUUUGGAACAGUCUGGUCUCCUGUGUUUCAUGUUUCACCUAAGUCAUAAAUAAAGGUAAUGUCCUAAAAAAA